GUGUUGUUUAUGCUGCCACCUAGCGGCUGCCUUGGCAUACUACAUUACCGAACAUUGUGUAUCCGGGUCGGCGGGCAGCAAUGGCGGCCACCAUGGAGACAGCAGCCGGAAUGAGCAAUAUGCUGCAAUUUAUGAAAUUUAUCGGACAGCUCAAAAGGGUCCCGCGGACCGGCUGGGUGUACAAGAACGUGAAGAAACCAGAGAGUGUAUCAGACCACAUGUACCGCAUGGCCAUGAUGUCUCUGACCAUCACUGACCCCACAGUGGACAAGGACAGAUGUAUGAAGCUGGCUCUGGUUCACGACAUGGCAGAGUGCAUUGUGGGAGAUAUUACUCCAUCAGACAACAUCAGUAAAGCAGAGAAACACAGGCGAGAAGAGGAAGCGAUGAGACAUCUAACAGGUCUUCUGCCGGAGGGACUCAGACGGGAGGUUUAUGGACUGUGGGAGGAAUAUGAGACCCAGAGCAGUCCGGAGGCCAGGUUGGUGAAAGAGUUUGACCUCCUGGAGAUGAUCCUGCAGGCUCAUGAGUACGAGGAGCUGGAGGGAACGCCGGGGAGACUGCAGGAGUUCUUUGACUCCGCCAACGCAAGUCGCCUUGACUUGCAUUGUUCUCUCUCAGCUCGUUUCCACCACCCAGACGUGCUCCGGCUCGUCAGCUCUUUGAACGAGGAGAGAGGACGCCACAUGGCUAAAACGGAUGAAACAAAGAAUUCUGGGAACUCAGCAUCUUCGCAGCCACGUACGACUACACACACCUCCUUCUGACUCCUUAGUGGAGGGACAGAGAUACCGGAGUGUAACACAAAAUGUGUGUGUGUGUGUGUGUACAAGGAUGCACAAACGCCGGAUCACAGGAUCAGGCAUGUGAGCGAGUGGAAAACGGUCUUCUACAGCUCCUCAUUCAUGAGGCAUUUGCUGCAAUAGAACUGAGGAUGAUGGCACAUGGAUGUCUUCUGUGUGCAUGCAGCUAUUUUGGCGUACUAUCUUUUCUGUUUUACCUCAAUGUAUCUUGGAAAGUACAGUGUCACCAUCUAUAAUAAAUACAUUCUGACAACUGUUAAUGCAGAAACUGCCAGAUAAUAUACAAAUGCAAUAACUUGUCAAAAAAUAAUUAAAUGUCCUCAUAAAUGGGAUGGAAAUGUAAUAAAACCUGUAUAAAUCCCCAGAUAAUGUUCUUACAUUAUCACUUACAUUACACUGCUUGUUGACUUGCUAAUGUAGAGAGAAACUUCUAUACCAAGAUUUCUUUACAUCAACAGGCUUUAUUGUAUGUUUCCAAUCCACCGAUACAUUUUAUUACAUUUUGACAUGUUUGUUUAUAUAUCUAUAUAUAUCUCUAUAUAUAGAUAAAGAUAUUGCAUUAUAGUGUUGCAUAAUGCAUAAAAAAAUGUAACAAUGGUGCAGCACCAUCAGAAAAAAAAACUGUUAAUGCAUUUUCUGAUGGUGUUACUGUGCAAUAUACAGAACAUGUUAGUAAUAUACAUUUUUUUUGGUAAUAGCAUACUCAGGAAUACAGUGUUGUUGACAUGAUGUGGAUAUUAUUUUCAUUAUGUUGCAUUCAGUUGCACAUUAUUAUAUUUUUAUUAUUAUAUAUCUACUAUAGUUUGUUUGGUUGUUUUAUCAACAGGUUCAGUCACAGUUUUCAGUGUUUAUUGUAAAAACAGUCAUCUGUGAUAUUUAGUUUGGUUUAAACAAUCUUUAAUAUCAAUACAUCAGCGGAAUAAUAUAAUAACAGAUAUUUCUAAUGCUGUUUGAAUACAGAUGUUAAACAUCACUUCAUUUGAAUGUCACUGUUAUGUCUCUGGGUGUUAUGUUUUAGUAAAAUAUUUUGUUAAAAAGAAAAA